CACACACUGACCAGAAUUAUGCGUGUUCUUGCGUUUGUUGAUUGUGAACGUGUGUUGUGUCCGUCUUAUGUUAAAAUCAUUGUCACAGUGCCUGGGAUUUAAGACCGUCCAUUAUUCAACUUUGUUAAAAGAAUAAAAUUCAAGAUGGCUAGCGAUCGUGAAAGAAAAGUUCAAGAACGCGAAAAGUUAAAGAAUAUUAUUAACCAAUGGAACGCUAACCGAUUGGAUAUAUUUUGGUUAUCUGAGCCGAAUGAGGAAUUAGAAUUCCAUGGAGCUAUGAGAUUCUAUUUUCAAGAUGCCGGCCAGAAGGUAGCCACCAAAUGUAUUCGAGUAGCGAGCACUGCCACAACGCAAGAUGUCCUCGAAACACUCAUCGAAAAAUUCCGUCCCGAUAUCAGAAUGUUAUCAAUACCUGAAUAUGCCUUGUAUGAAAUCCAUGAAAAUGGAGAGGAACGUAAACUUCAGGCUGACCAGAAGCCUCUCUUGGUUCAGCUGGACUGGCACAGAGACGACAGGGAAGGACGUUUCCUCCUCAGAAGAAUGGACGAGAAGUCUUAUAUCUCCAGCAUGGAUGCAUGUGACAAUGAAAACUUUAAAAGGAAACUUUCCAAGCGUGAGAAAAAAGAAAAGAAAAAGAGAGAGAAAAAAGAAAUGCUGAAAGCUGCUGAAGAAAGUAAAAAAGAUGGUAUUGCUGAGCAACUGUAUUCAGAGCUACCCGAGACUAGUUUCACACGUUCCAUCUCCAAUCCCGAAGCUGUGAUGAGGAGAAGACGACAAAGGGAAUUGGAACAAAAAUUGAAACGUUUUUGUCAAGAAGGUGGUACUGAUGCAGGUGGUACCCUCAGGAUAUUUGGUGAAUCCUUAAACAAAGAUGUGCCUUACAAAACUCUAUUGUUAUCCACUAAAGACAGUGCCUUAUAUGUUGUUAAAGAAAUUUUAGAUAAAUAUGGUUAUGAGAAAGAAGACCCAGUUCAAUAUUGCCUUGUACAAGUCAUAGUGCCUCACCACAAUCAGUCUGAUGUUCCAGAUUACCAGAGUACUGGUGGCAUCAGAGAGUAUAUUCUGGAUGAUGAUGAUUGUCCGCUGAUGAUUCAGCAUCAGCAUAACCGAAACAAAGGUACUCUUACAUUCCAUGUGAGAAAAAGACCAGCUGACUACCAACCGAGAAAGCGGAAAAAAAAACCCAAGCCGACAAAGAGUGAGGACCUGAAUUAUCGUCAUGACAACACCAUCGAGAAGUUGCCUUACCUCUUAGAACUAAAUCCAGAUGGCAGUGAACCUUCAGGUCCUCCAAAAAAACAUAGGUUAUACCUUAAUGUUACUGAAGUUGGCAGUGAAAGAAGUAGCUCUACUGGUGGACAGUAUCUUCAACUCUUUGGACCCAACGUUCAACCUCGCCACUGUGUCAUUGCCCAUACAGAACGCAUUGUCACAGUCACCCCCUGCAGCAGGGAUGCCGAGACUUACGUGAACAAUAUGAGGAUAUACGAGACAACAAUACUGCAAAACGGAAUGGCAGUCAGAUUUGGGAAACUUCAUACGUUCAGAUUUGUAGAUCCCAUGCAUGAUCAGAAGCAUGGAAUGUUACCAGAUCCUAGGCAGCAUCCUGAAUUUAUUGAAAGAAGUCGAAGGGAAGACAAUGUGUCUCUCCAUCACCACGGCAGCUACGAGACAACUUUCGAUGCAGACGGAAAUGUGGAAACUGUGUCCACUCACUCCAGGGACGAACGCCUCUCCAAGAAGUCGGACGAUGCCCUCUCCCACAGGUCUGUGGGUAGGGAGAGUGUCCAUGGCAGAACGGAAAGUGAAAGGUUUGAGCAGAAGAGAGGCAAUGAUCCCAUCCUCCCAGCUGUGCUGGAGUUUUGGGAAGAAGGUGAAGAUGCAUUCUUAGCGGCAGCUAUUACACAGCUGGAUCCUAGUCAAGUACAAUUCAAAUUAUCUCCAACCUACGCCCUGUAUAUGGCAGCUCGCUACCGUGCAUCCACACACUUCCGCCCAGAGACCACCCCCAAUGACAGGGCACACAGGCUCACUGCACUCAUGAACAACGUUGCAGCUGUCAUGCACCAAGUCAUUCAGGAUCGUUACAGAGAAGCAAACGCAUUAGCUUUCUGGCUCGCUAAUACUUCAGAGUUACUGCAUUUCUUGAAACAAGAUCGUCACCUCAGCGCUUACACACUGGAUGCUCAAGACCUGCUGGCCGAAAGCGUACAACUAGCAUUCAGAAGUCUCAUUACAUGCCAGCAAGUAGAACUUCAGGAUGCAAUGCCUGCUUUUCUGGAAGAUAGGGAUGACAUCAAUGAAGAAGAGGGAACAACAGCUGAUGUGCUAGCCGUGUUAGCGUCUGCCAUGUCGCUCCUGAGAAGGUGUCGAGUGAAUGCUGCCCUCACCAUUCAGAUGUUCUCUCAGCUGUUUCACUUCAUCAACAUGUGGCUGUUUAACAAAGUCGUUUGCGAAAGCAGGCCCAACCUCUGCACUCGCCUCUGGGGUGCUCGCCUGAAGAGGAGGCUGGGAAGAGUGGAAGCUUGGGCCGAGAAGCAGGGCCUGGAAUUGGCUGCAGACUGUCACCUCAGCCGAAUAGUUCAGGCUGCUCACUUGCUGCAAGCUUCUAAAAGCAGUUCAGAAGACUUUGCUUCCAUCAGUUCACUUUGCUUCAAGCUCAACUCUCUCCAACUGCAAACACUGCUGGAACGCUUUCAACCAGCUGAGGAUGAACCUCAUAUUCCUAGAGAACUUGUAGAAAGUGUUGUGAAGAUAGCUGAAAAUACUGCUGAUGAACAAGCAAGAAGUGAAGGUCGAGAAAUAAAACUAGAGGAAGAUUCAGAUUUACAGUUGCCUUUUCUUUUGCCUGAAGAUGGAUAUUCAUGUGACAUCGUUCGAGGCGUUCCUGCUGGCUUACAGGAAUUUUUACAGCCCUUAAUUCAAGCAGGGCUCUGUCGUCUGACCAUUCAGCCAACGUCUUCUGGAUAUUGGACGAUAUAUAUGUCUGAUCAAGAUAUUGGCAGAAUACCUUCUGGGGCUCGAAGUCCGAGUGUUCACAGCCAUGGUGAAGAAAGCACAAACAACUGGAAACAGGGAGAACCAGAAAUCACGACAAUCCGACUUCAGAAAAGCAACAAUGGUAUUGGUUUGAGCAUUGUGGCUGCUGGGGGAGCUGAUCAAGAUAAAUUGGGCAUUUAUGUGAAAUCUGUUGUUAAAGGAGGUGCUGCUGAUUUGGAUGGAAGGUUACAAGCUGGAGAUCAGCUGUUGAAAGUCGACGGACAUUCUUUGGUGGGGGUGAAUCAAGAAAAAGCUGCUGAAUUAAUGACACGAACAGGACCAGUUGUUGCUCUGGAAGUAGCCAAGCAAGGUGCUAUACACAAUGGACUUUCUGAUUUACUCACAAAGCCAUCUCCAGUCAUUCAAAGAGGACCUCGCCGUAUGAGUGAGCGGGAUAUUCCAUCCAGGUUGAUGAAUGAACAUGGGCAAGAGGGUAGACUCCACGCAGGGUCUAAUCAUUUAAUGCCUCCAAGAAUGCAAACUAGCAAAAGCGUUCCAUCACUGAAUAGUAACCACGAGCCUGAUGGGAUGCGUGCACCCCCUAACGGUGCAGUUCAACCUCACGAUAUGUACAACCCGGCCUAUAGCCGCACUUCCUCAACCGCUUCCAUCCCCAAGGCGACGGAUUAUCCGGACCGUUACAAGUCGGCCAACAGUUUGAGACCGGAUGUGCCGCAUCCUUACGGGGGCCCGCAUGAUGAUCAAAACCCUCCCCCCUAUCCUGGACCACCUCCUGCGAAUCGCCCCAUGUCGCACCCCAAUUUGCAUCAACCUCACCCCCCUGCGAUGAUGCCGGCAACAUCGGUUCAAGAGGAGAGGCACUACCAAAACAUCAGCGUUUACCAACAGCCGCCGCUCAAUCAGCCUCAAGUGGGACAACAGCCCAAUCCUUAUACGAUGCAUCCCAGACCACCUGCCCAACCCCAUCCUCAGCAACCUCCAAGAUCUUUACAUGGUUCUCAGUCAUCCCUGAAUCGCCCUGACCCCCAGGGCCUGCAAUCUCCUGUGGAUCGAUCUCGUCCACUGUCCACUCUGGUUUCUCCCAGGGAGCAAGAGCAAUAUGCCAACUCCAUGGGCUAUGGCCAUCCAAACUCUGGACCUCCUCGUUCACCCAAGGGCUCUACGCACAGUUCCAUGGAUUCGCAUCAUGGUUCUCAGGGUUACGCACCACCAAGGCCUUUGCAUGAUCAAAGGGAUUUCCGAAGCGCUGACCACUUGAGGCCCGUCGAAAGCGAUGCACGAUCCUACACCGAGAGCGUUUCGCAUCCCGAGCUGAACUCCAGAGCCUAUCCUCCACAUUCACAAGAAUACAACAUGAUGCACAUGGACCCGAGACAGAGAGAUCUCCUGAGGCAGGAAGCGAAAAUGGAAGAAAUGAGGGAGGAGCUACGCAGGAGGGAAGAGCGAGAAAGGAUGCUCCUCCAGCAACAGCAAAUGCAGGGCGGGCGUGGCGGAACCUGGUCCCUACCCAGAGGCCCCAAUCCCCCCAUACGACCGCCCGGUUACCACCACAAUUCUCCGAAUCCGGGCCACCCCCAUCCCCCCUAUGUGGGAGGACCCCCACCCCCUGCUCCGAAGCCAAGGCAACAGUUCUACAGCAAUGGGCCCAUUGAGAGGUUCCAGCGUCCUCCAGGCUACAUGAAUUCUCCGGAGGCAGCUUAUCACGAGAUUGGUGGCCAUCCGCCACCUGUCGGACCCAGGAUGGCUCAUCAACCACCCCCGGUGGUUAGUUACCGGUACGGACCGUCCGGAUAUCCGCCUCGGUCCGAAGAGGGCGGUGAUCCGAAAAUGCCUCGGCAGAUGGGUAAUGACCUCAGAGUUCAUUCACCCCAUGGGAAGCCUCCGCCUGUAAGCCAAAACUCUCGUGUCACAUUUGAACUAUCUCAGCAUCCUGGUGGUCAUGAUAAAAAAGAAACAUCUAAUCUCAUGAGUCCAUCUCCAUGGGAAAGAGAAGAAAAAGAGAAAAUUGCCAAUGGUGUAUCAGGCACUUUUUAUAAUGCUACUCAUUUUCCUAUGCACAAACAGAGGUUAGAAGAGGCCCGCCGAGCUAGAGAUGAUGAGAUCAGAGAACUGGAGAGCAGACACCACCUGACCCCCCAACAGGAAGAUCGCUUGAGAGCUCUGAGGCUGGAGCAGGAAUUCCAGAGGAGAGCUGAAGAGCUGCAUGGUGAAGAAGAAGAUGAUGAUGACGAAGAUUUGCUUGACCGAGCAGAGAACAGAGAGAGGAAGUUAAAAAUGCAAGAGGAUUUGGAGCGUGCGAGACAGAGACGCUUGGAAUGGGACAUGCAGCAGAACCAGAACCCCGUAAAGAUGCAGGCACCACCGCCAGGAAUCCAUAGUGAAGAAUGGAAAAGGCAGCAACAAUCAUUGGAAGAACAAGAAGGUAGGCUGAGGCACUUGCGUCUUGAAGAAGUCCAAAGAAAGAUGGAAUUAGAUAUGGCCAGGACUGCAGAAGAGAAAUUAUUGCGAGAAGCAAGGCGACGUCAGGAUGAGUUCAAGGUACCCAACAGCAUACCUCAGCAGGUACCGAAUCGUCCGAUGAAGCCGCCGAUGAGUCAUCCGAUGAUGGUCAAUAACCAGCAUCAUCCAAUUAGCAUGCAGCAGAAGCCCAACAGCCAUCCUUCCGAAAAGGGUGGCCGAAUAGAAAAUUCCAACCACCAAGACAUUCCACCACCCUUACCCACGUCGCCUCCACCCAGUGAGCCCAGUUACCAGACUUCUCACAACCAGAAGCCGGCUCCGGUCGGCAACCAGAGAAAUAACGAUCCAUACCAGAACUCUUUGAUGGGUCAGGAGAGGAUUCAGGAACCACCUGCGCCUCCCACCAGGAAAUCGUCUUACGAAGUCGCCAAUCAAAUGAGCGGCGGGAAUCGCUACGUGACGUCUUCGAUGAGGAAUUGUGAUAACGGAGCACCACACCAUCCCAAGAAGGUGUCGUUCCACGAAGAGAUGGAGGAUUACGACGCCAACGGCAACCACGAUGGCGGCCAAUCGUACACCUUGGACGACAUCAACGAGGUGCUCGCGACGCCGCACAACAGUCAGAACCUCAACACCUACAAUCCAGGAAGCACGCCUGGCGUCAUCGGUACGCAGGAAGUGUACCGGGACCCCAGGCAGCGUAUCGAGGCCGAAAGGAACCACCAGGUGGGGACGCCCAGGAACCCUGGUCCCGAAAAACUGACCUUCAAAGAGAAGAUGAAGAUGUUCGCACAAGAGGUCGGCGAGCCCGAAACCCCGAAGGACAAAGUGAAGACAUCCCGCGCUCAAAGAGAAAUAGAGGUGAAUCUGAAUGGAAGUUGAAGUGUUUUCAUGUUCAUUUGUAAAACUACUUAUUCACUCAUUCUGAGAUCUUGCCAUGGAAAGAGAUGGAGUUUACAAGGUGAAGUGUCAACUUUUAAAUAUUUUAUAGACUGUUGUAUAUCUUUUACCAUUUUUGAGUUUGUGUUGAAAAAAGAGAAGAGUUUUUUUUAUAGUGUUUCUAUUGAACCACAUUUAUCGUCGUCAUAUUAUAGUUUAUAUUGUAAAUUUCCUUGAUGUUUGUAUAGUUUUAUCAUUAGUUGGCACUGUUUUUAGUAGCUUCUGAUAAUGUAUCUGUUGAUAUAGGUCAUUUAUUCUAUUGCUUUGUUAGAAGUGAAGUUUUGUAAGUAACCAGUAUUACAUCCUCGGCAUUUAUAAUCAAGGAUUUUAGUAUCUUCAGGUCAUAUCAGACAAAAUAUUAUUAGAAAGCCAUCCCUAGGCAGUUUGCUAAGCUGUGAAAGAAUAUAUAUUAAUUUACUGUUAUUGUGGCAAAUGCAAGCUAUUUUACCUUUUUUUUUUUGGCAUCUAUUCAAUAAUCAAAUGUGAUACAUAAAAUUUUGCCAUGUGUUUAACAUGGCUAAUCUUGAAAUUACAAAUGAUUAUACUCCUGUUUUUUAAAUUCUUACUUUAUUAAAUUUUAAAAGUGUAUGUUAAAGUUGAAAGUAAUAAUUUAUGUAGUACGGAUUCAAAUUUUAUAUUUAUACUACAUAUUAUCAAGAAAAAGUCUAAAGCUUUCAAUAUUUUAUAGAAAUGAAAUUUCACCCGUGUUUUUUUCUGCUAAUAUUUCAUCCGAGUUUUAGUCAUUUGUAAAGCCUGUAAUUGUCUGUAGAAGUUGUUGUUUCAUAAAAUCUUUUUUCCAUUGAUAUUUUGUAGGAAAUUUCAGGGAAGCAUACUUAGAAUUGUGCUUUUUACUAAACUUUGAUUAAUUGUUGCGAUUUAUCAUAGGUAAAUUAUUUUUUAUGUUCAUAAUUAAGUGGUUAAUUUAUUAGUUUAUGGUAUUGGAUAAAGCAAAAUCACAUAUUUAGAAAAAUAUCAAUUAAACCUAUCUCCAAUAAGAGAUUUUUGAUAAAACCUAAAAGAUUUUUGAAUGUUUUAAAUAAUUGAUUGUUUUAUUUAAUACUGCAUUGGUAUUUUUUAUCAUUAAAAGUUUUGCUGUAGAGAACCACUAAAGCAGAAAUUAUUCCUCAGGUAGUGACAUCAUAUAUGCUACAUGCUUCAUAGUUAUUAUCAUUGUGACUUUUAAAGGAAAAUAAUCUUAAAAGUUUGUUCAAGUGCCUAAUUUUAAAAAUAUUUUUUACGAUACUUUGUUUUACAACUAAAUGUGAGUUGAAAACUUUUUCUCAAGAAGGAAAUUAGUUUUAUGGAAAUUAGAUCUAAAAAUAUGCAUUAGAAUUUUAAACAAUGUUAAAAUUGCAAAUGUGAUGAUUGUGCUUAUCAAUAUUGUACUUUCGUAAGCUUUUUAACUUUUUUAAGCUCUCACUUAGUGUAGACUAUAGACUUUGAAUUAUAAGUUUGAAUUUUGAUAAUAGAUUUAAAAUAAUGUCUGUUCCUGUUAUGUUUUUUGAUGAAAAUCUUCACCAUCUUGAAAGCACUGCUUGAUUACUUUGUUUAAACUAGUUUAAAAGUGAUUAGAAUUUAAUCAUUAUUCAAAAAUACUUCCAGCGGUUUUUUUCCAAGUGUAGAUAUACCACAUCAGAAACUUUUCUUUUCUUUUUUUUGUAUAAAUAUAUUUAUGAAAUCUGCAUAUCAAGAUUCUUGUUUUAUAAAAAUUUAGGUGUUUCAUCUAAAAGCAUACCUAACCUUGAUUUUGUAUUUCUCUUUGUAAAUUACCGCAGGAAAAAAAUAUGCCAUUUCUGUUCCAUGUUGGAAAGUAACUGUCCAAACUUUGAUAAAUGCUUGUGGCUUUGUAAAUACACAUUUUCAGCAACUUUCUUCUACACAGAAGUUAAAGCAUUAUUUAGUAAGUUUAAAUGAGAACCUAUCGUUAAAUUAUAUGAUAGCUGUUAAUUAGCCAUAAUCUAAUUAUUGAUGUCUUAAUUGAGCGAUUACCCAAAUUAAUAGAAUGAACAGAAUAUUUUGCAUUGCUUAUCUGACAUUUUCUACAAUGAGAGCUAUUUAAUAGCUGUAGACUAAUUAUUGAUAUCCUCAGUUUUUUUCAAAAUAAUAAAUGCAGUCUUUUUUUUUUUUGUUAUUUCUAGCAUAAAAUACAACAAGAUUUGUUAUCCUUUAGCUAAUUAUUGAUGUCCAAAUAGAGCUUUUAUCCAAGUAGAUUAAACGUUAUAUUGAGGGUUAAUAUUUGUGGUACGUAAUUUGAGUGUGAUGAAAAAAAAUUUUCAAAGUUAAAACAUCGAUGUACAUUGUUUUCUAUCUAUAGGGUGAUCCAGACAUAAAUUGGAUCCUUUUUGCGAACCCUUCACAAAAUUCUAAAUUGUAAAGGCGGCCCUUUAAAUUUCAGACCUUAAAAUUAGUCCUUUCACAAACUUUCAUUUGUACAAACAACUCUUUCUAGCUGCUAAACUCAAUCAACUGGCAUGGAAACAGGACAUUUGUAUUUUUUUUAAAUUUAAAAUACAACUUCCAAUUCAUUCCCAGCAAAAUAUUAAGGACCAAAGAAAUUGCAUAUUAGAAGUGUGCUUGCUGAAAGUUCUCUUUAUGAUAUGACAAGAUUUCCCUUUUUCUUUUGUCCACAAAAUAAUAUAAAAAAGAAAUAUUCCCAAAAAUAGUUAUUUUUUACAAAAAUUUUAAGUUCAAAAAAAUUUUUUUUUUCAAAAUGUGGAUCUAAAAAUAAAAAUUUGUAUUGACCUCCUGCCGUCUAUAAUUUGAUUGAAAUAUGAUGUUGCCAUUAGCAAAAUCAAAAUAAUAUUUUAGAAGAAUUUGAAUUUCACUGAAAUUCUGUGCCUUCAACUGCCUUAAGACAAUUAAAAUAUCUAAUUAGAACUUGUAUAUCUUUCAACAUAUUUAGAGUAUGAAUUAACGAAAGUGUGUUAUAAAAUCAAAUUGUAUUUAUGUAAGAAAACAGUGAUAUUCUAAUGUUGAAUAUAAUGUUUGAAAAUAAAUUUAAACUUGGUGCCUUUUAAAACUACUCAGUAAAUUCCUAAAAGGUAUGCCCCAUCAAGCCUUAAUAGUUAAAUUCGUAAAAUAUUUAGAGUUUGCGCAGAUUUUUUGUUUUAAAACAAUUAAUUUUAAAUGAUAUGUAUUGUAUCUGUGUGUAUAAAAGUUUUCAAAACUGAAAAUAUUUUUCAUUAAGUUGAAAGUAUGUCUCAUGCUUCAUCCAUGAAAGUGAUUUAGAAUUCAUAUGUUUGAAGUUUUGAAAUUGUUUUAAAACUUUUAACUCGUAUAUUUUUAAAUACAGAUUUAUUAAAUAUGCUAAAAAUUGAGCAUAUUGAUAAAUCAAAAUUACAACAUUCUUAGAAAUCUGUCAUUUACAUUAUAGUGCACAUUUGUAAAAUAGUAUCCCUGCGCAAUUCCUUGAAAAGUUUUGUGCAAUUUUUCUCCAAUGUUAAACUUCUGCAUUCUGUUUAAAAUUUUAUUCCAGGCUCAAUUUUCAAGUUAAAAUGUUUUAAUAUAUGCAAUUGUAACUGCUUAGUGCUAUCAAUUAAGUUCUGGGAUGGAAUGGUUUUCCAAUUACAGUGGAACCUCAUUAACCUGGACCAAUAGGGGAUGCAGAUUGUCCAAAUUGAUAUAAGUAUGGAUCUAUUAUUUUUUUAUUAAACAACCUGUAAAUUGAGUCAAGGUACAAAAACAAACUACUGUGCACAGUAAGACUUGUAUUUUAAAUGCAAGAGAAUGAAAUAGAAAACUGCAUAAGAUACAUUAGGAAAAUAUGAAAUACUGCCUACAAAAAUACAUUAUUGGGCUAACUCUCCUUUUUACUAAUACAGUAUAUACAUCUAAAUGACUGUCCAGAUUAAUGAUAGUUUACUGUAUCAUUAGAUUUCAAGUUUCUGAAGAAUCAAAUAUUAUAACACAUAUCUGAGGUCAAGAAAGAAAUGAGAACAAUUGCUUUUUAUACCCCCCCCCCCCUCUUUCCUGCAGUACCAUUCCAUCAAAAUGGAGGGAGAAGCCCAAGCCUUAAUUAUGUGAUUUUUUCACUAAAGAAUGUCCACUUGUUAAAUAUAACUAAAAGAACAUUAAAAUUGUCACAGCAUUCUGUAAGCAAGGUGAAAAAAAUUGCUUUUUUUAAUAUUGCAAGAUAAGUAUAUUUGUAUAGAUAGUUCUUAAUUACAAAACUAGUCUCUUUAUAAGGUGUUAAUAUAAAGUGUUAAAUUAAAAUUGCUAUUUCAUCUGAUGCUAACAAACUCAUUUGAUAUUUUAUGUCAAAAGUUAACAGCAAUUUUUUAAACCUCAAGAACUUGCAUUUGAAAAGACAUAAGUUAACUUAAUGCAUAAAAGGUCUAUCACUUUCUAGUUUGUUGGGGUGAAACUUAUAAAAGGAAACAUACAAUUUAACAACAGCCAACUGAUAAAACAUUGAAAUUCCUCUACUACAAACUUUACGGGACUGAAAAUUUUACUUGUUGUAAUGGUAAUUUCAAUGUAAUGGAAUUCAUUUAAUGUAAUGGAAGUCAAAUCUGAACUGAAAAUUUAUUUCAUUGAAAUGGAUAUUUCGUUGUAUUGUAACGGAAUUUCACUGUAUUUUCUAGGUGUAGAACAACCUACUUUUAACUUGGCAUUGCAUUUAUUGUUGUGAGACUUGUAAAUUCCAUGCAAGUUUUUGAGGGUUAAAUGAUAUUAGUAACUGGUGAUAAAAAAAAGUGUGAAGCUAUUCUUGAGUAAACACAAAAAAAUGCGCUUUUGAAAGCAGCUAUUUUAUAUAUUUUAUAUUGUAUAUGUUCAGUUGCAAUAUUCCAUUUUUUACAUAAGAUGCAGAUCAUUUUAUUGUAAUUUUUAUUUAAUGAUUUGCUACUCUCUUGAUGGCGUUAAAGUUUCAUAGAUGCAUAUAUUGCCAUCAUUUGUAGCUGUAAUAUAAAUAAAAUUGUACAUUUUAA